GAGCAAAGCAUACAUGACAAGCUGACCGACCGCUUUUCUCCAUCAGAGUUGCUGGUGCAAGACGUUUCAGGAGGAUGUGGCACAUUUUACGCCAUUACAAUUGCGAGCAAAGCGUUCCAGGGUCUACCAACCGUAAAGCAACACCGCUUGGUCACUCAAAUCCUAAAGGAGGAGAUAGAAGGGAUCCACGGUCUUCAAGUG